AUGUCUACUUCGCCUGCAGAACAGCCUACCAAUGUUGAGCAAACUAAACCAGCUCCUAGAGUCGUGGAAGAUGAGCAAGACAUUGAUAAGUCAGUUUAUAAACGUGGCCAGCAAGCCAAAUGGGCUCGUUCCAGAAAGGCAGAGAGAGGUGACAGGAAUAACAAGAGGCAGAGAAGAGAUGGAGAACUUCCACGUGUUUUAGAUUCAGACGGGAACCCAUUGCCAUCUGAACCUAGACGACCAAAGAAAAAGGUUGCUUGUUUAAUUGGAUAUUGUGGAACGGGCUAUCAUGGUAUGCAAUUAAAUCCACCCCAAAAAACUAUUGAAGGUGAUCUUUUCGAAGCUUUUGUGGAAAGUGGUGCAAUUUCAAGAGACAACUCCAAUGAUUUGAAAAAAUCCAGUUUCAUGAGAGCAGCUAGAACCGAUAAGGGCGUUCACGCUGCCGGUAAUGUCAUUUCACUCAAGAUGAUUAUUGAAGAUGAGGAUAUUUUAGAGAAGAUUAACUCAAAGCUGCCCCCAACUAUCCGUGUUUGGGGUUAUGAGAGAACUAACAAAAACUUCGAUUGCCGUAAGAUGUGUUCAUCACGAAUCUAUGAGUAUCUGAUGCCAACAUUUUCCUUCUUACCUCCUAAACCCAAUUCUCCCCUUGCCAGACAGAUCAAGGAAGCCAAUGAGGAGACUCCUGGCGUGACAAGGGAUGACCCGGAGGGUUCAAAAUGGUGGGCAGACGUUUUAGAGAAACUGCAUGCGAGUGGAAUUACCGACAAGGAUAUUCAAGAUGCACAGGAAGCCACUAUAAAUAAAGAAAAAAAUAAUGAUUCAGACGAUGAGCCGGACAUGCUUUUGGAAGAGAUCGUCAGAAAGAUCAAGCAAACCGAAAAUCAAGCAAGGAGAGAAUAUCGUAUCUCCAAAGAGAGGCUGGAACUAGUCAAUAAGGCCAUGCAAAUGUACAUUGGACACCACAACUUUCAUAACUUCACUUUGGGAAAACAUUUCAAAGAUGCGUCUGCUAACAGGUAUAUGAAGGAGAUUACCGUAUCGGAACCUUUUGUCAUUGAGGGAACGGAAUGGGUGUCAAUCAAGAUUCAUGGACAAUCUUUCAUGCUUCAUCAGAUCAGAAAAAUGAUCGCAAUGGCUGCUUUGGUUGUUAGAACUGGAUGUCCCCUAGGAAGAAUCACUGAAGCUUUUCAAUCUUCUAGGAUUAACAUUCCUAAAGCACCUGCGCUUGGUUUGCUACUUGAGCAACCCGUCUACGAAGGUUAUAAUACGAGACUUAAGGCCUUUGGAUAUAACGAAUUGACUUUCACUCCAUUUGAGAAAGAGAUGAAUGAGUUCAAGAUGAAACAUAUUUAUGAUAAAAUUUACGCGGAGGAAGUCAAAGACAACACUUUUCACGGAUUCUUUGGCUUCAUUGACGGAUUCAAUGGAACUCCUAUUUUCAACUUCUUGACAGCCAAUGGUAUCAAAGACUCUCAAGAAGUACGCGAGGUUGUCAUCCCCAAUGAAAAGAAUGAGGGAAUCGCCGAGUAG